AUGGGGACAUUGGGUGAGGAAAGCAUCCUCACAAUCGCCAGCCCGAUGGCAUGGCUUCUGGCACGAGUGAAUGCCACAACGAAGGCGAUGUCGGCAAGUCUGUCCACAGGAGAUCUGGUUGGACCAGCAAGGUUGGUUUUUAAGGAUUUUCUUGCCGCACAUGCAUGUCUUCUGCACAAGGUACGGGCACUUGGGGCAGGGCUCUCCAUCGCCGUGGCAUUGGUGGUUGACUGGGGGAUGGCCACAUGCGGUGCGCCUAUUGCAUUAGGCCACUUCAGCAGCUGCUACACUCGCGAGUGUAGCAGCUGCGAUGUGGUGUAGCUUUAGCCUAGAGUAGUUAGCUGCUGUAUAUAGCGUAAUAUACGAUAAUUUGAGGACCUGCUUGAAUUGUUCACAUUUUACAACGCUGGACUUUGCCAUUUUGACGAGAAAUGGGAGAGCUGCGGAAACUGGUUUAGAUGUAAUUCUCCCCUUCCGGCCAUACCCCCCACGGCGUUCCCUUUGUAACACCCCACGUGACAUAGAGCCCUUUGUUCCCU